UACGUGGGAUGGCUGAUCCUGGUUGUUGGGGGUAAUCACAAUUCAUUCUCAUUCUUCAUCUCUUCACCUCUUCUACCGCGACUCCUAUCUUUGUUCUACGGAAUCUCUCUUCUUCAAUAUAGAACAACACUCGCAAUGGAGGACAACGCAGGCCGGUUACGCGACAUGGAAGACAGCUACAAGACGCAGUUAGAUUUGCUCAAAACGCGCGGGGAGAUCAAGGAAAGCGAGGUGAAGCGGCUAGGCGAGCUUAACGCGGAGCUAUUUGGACAUGCGAAUGCCAAGCAGAAGAUUAAGCAUGUCGCGCAGCUGAAGGAGGAGAAUGUUAAGUUAAAGACGGAAAACAUCUCACUCUCCCGCCGCUGCGACGACCUCAAACGCAAAGUCAUGAACCUCGAACGCGAGAUGGAAUCACACCGCGGCCUCGCCUCCUUCAGUUCCGCCGCGCCCGGUCUCGGCCCCAACGGCCGCACCCGCAUCGGCCGCGUCGGCCGGGCGGCACUCACCUCCCGCCAGUCGAUGCACCACAUGUCCACCGCGUCGGUUGUGGCUUAUUCGAAGGGUGGGAUGAGCUUUGUUGUGUAAGAGAUGGGACACUUUGUCGACGUUCGGGACAAUGUAAUA